CAGAGAUCGAGAGAGGCCGUAGGGGCUCGGGGCCAGAUCCGAGGCUGCGGGGUUUCGGGUCCGAAGAAACCCAGCUUGAGUCAUCAUGAACCUAUUCCACACAUAUAAAUACUGUGGUUGAUAUGAAACUUUACCGUCCCAGUGGAUCUGUAUACUCAGGCACCUCAAGUUCAAUCGAAAUUCAGUAUGGCAUCUUCUCAAAUUGGCUGGAUUGGCCUCGGCUCAAUGGGCCUCCCCAUGGCAACAAACCUCCAACAACACUUAACCUCAACAGGCGCCCCCAAUAUGACUUACUAUAACCGGACUAUCUCUCGCGGUGACUCUCUCAAGAGCCUCGGCGCUCAACCUGCGCCCUCAGCCACAGACCUCGUGGCAAAUUGCGAUAUCAUCUUCCUAUCUCUCAGCGACGACUCAGCUCUCGAGUCAACCCUUGAUUCAAUUAUCGACCCUGAUAUCUCUGAACAGCUCGCUGGAAAAUUGAUCGUGGAUACGUCAACCGUUCAUCCGGACUCUUCUGCCAACGCUCAAGCCCGUUUGCAUGAGAAGGGUGCCCAGUUUAUCUCCUCACCUGUCUUUGGUGCAAGUCCCGUUGCAGCGCAGGGAAUGCUGUUAUGGAUUGUUGCGGGACCUGAUGAUGCUGUUGAGAAGAUCAAUCCUUAUUUGGAGGGUGUGAUGGGAAGAGGUGUGAUCCGAGUUGGUGAGGAUGUGAGGCUGUCGAGUAAGAUGAAAACAGCAGGAAACUUCAUCACAGCUGGCAUGAUGGAAGUCGUAGCAGAAGCCCACGUCCUAGCAGAAAAGUCUGGCCUGGGAAGCAAGAAUCUCGAAGCCCUGAUUGAGCAACAAUACGGUCCUCUGGCACUUUCCAUGUCUCAACGACUUACUACCGGAGCCUACAUGCCAAAGAGAGGCGACCGACCUUGGUCUGACCUGAACCUAGCAAUUAAGGAUGUUGGUCAUGGAAUUACUCUUGCUGAACAGUCUGGAGCGAGGUUGGAGGUUGCUGAAGUAGCUAUCAAGCAUUUGAAAGAUGCAAAGCAGUUCUCUAAAUCUGAGGGAAGACCCCUUGAUUCUUCUUCUAUGUAUGGAAUAUUGAGAAAAGAGUCUGGGCUAUCCUUUGAGACAGAUCUAGUCAAGAAGCGGGAUGAGAAGAAGUAAAGAGUGAAACAUGACUGAUAUC